AUGGAUACCUCGUCGCUCAGUCUCGCUUGGGGCCGCCUCUCUCACCGGCGCACUCGCUCCAGCGACCCAAGCAGCAACGCACCGCCCGUCGAGUUCACCACCGAAGGCACCAGAUAUACCCUCGCCUCCGAGGUAGCACCUUCGCCCUCACCAACACCUUCACCAUCACUGCACAGCCGCUCCAAAUCAUGGAGCACCUCUAAAGAAAAAAACCACACUCCCAAACAGUCCCUCUUCUUCCAGUUUGCAGACUACCAAAAGACUGCCUUGGCCUCAUCCAACCCGCUCGAGCUGCGUCGCACCAACACAAUCUCAAGGCGAGGCCACAAGGCUACCAACAGCAUCUCCUCCCUCUCUACGAAACGCACCUCGGUCUAUGGCUCCAGCAGCUCCAUGGACCUUUCCCGGUCACAAUCCCCCGCCAUUCCCCAGCGGCCGCCGCGACCCCCUCGUGGACUCUUUGAGGACGAGUCGGAUGAGGAGCACGAGUUAUUCACACAUGACGUACUCGUGCAUCACGCCGCCGACGAAACCAUCCAGGGCCUGAUUCUCCAGUCAGACCGAGCUUUCGCAGAUGUCAGUGUGGCACUGGCCGAUGCUGCCUACAACACCUACGUCGCACAAGCCAGGUCAGGUCUAAGUGGUGUGCGUCGUGACCAGUCGGUGCGACAACAACGUCAAGGACUCACUGCCCAUGUGCCAAGAAAUUCCAUCACCAGCGACAUGUCCAUCACCAGCAGCAGAUCCAUCAGAAGAAACUCUCUCCAGUCAUCACACAGCACUUCCACCAAAGGCCACACCUCACGCCCAUCUACAACCAAGAAGAUGGGCAAGCGCAAUGUUUUACUCCCGCGCAAGUUGCGCCUUACUCUCUCACAGAGUGUGAGCGACAUGCUUGCCAGCCGUUCAGCCAAACGAGUGUCGGCUACCAGCAGCCUGUCAUCAACCUACUCGGACUACAUCGACGAGCAACCCGCCCACCAGCGAAACAGCUCCAUCACCGCCGCCAAAAGACAGUCGGUUCUCCAGACGAAGCGUCAAUCCACAGACUCCCAAUUUGCGCUGUGCGCUGCAGAGGGACGCCAUCUGACGGCCUCGCAAAUGUACCACCGAGAGAUGCUUCCCAACUCGGUCAUGGCCUGGAUGGGCACGGACGCCGUCUCUACAGAACUCGUCGACGACGAGGAGACGGAUGACGAAGAUGUGAGCCAAGCAUUGGAAACCAAGUGCCAUUUGGCCAGGGACCCCGAUCUGACACAGCCACAGCCACUUGGCCCCCCCUCAGCGGACAAUGCAGCUGAGGCGCGCCCGCUCGUCGAGGACGGCUCUCCGCCACCCCCCCCUCCACCCAAGAACCCUGCCCGCUUUGGGGCCCGCGCGCGCACGUCCCAGCUCGCCCCCAUUCCCGAAAUGCUCGUCGCUUCCGCCGAGGGCGAGCGUCGCCGGCGCAAGAACAGCUUGGUCAGAAUCUCGACCAAGUCGAAACGUCCCGUCGCCAAGCCCAGGGCUGGGCCAUCCUCAUCGUCGUCGUCGCACGACUCCCUGUACCUCGUCGGCACCGCCUACUCAAAGACGAGCCCUCUAUUCCGCCACGGCCACAUUGAGUUCCAGCACAAGAGCCGCCAUGCGGAGGCGGAAGAGCACAGCGGCAGCGGCGAGCACGACUACGCCGACCUGCAGGUGGACUGGCCUGCCUUCCACUCGUCCAUCCUGUGCGAUGCCGAGGACCUGGACUCGGGUAUGGCGCUCGACGAGGCCAACGCCAUGGCCGACGAGCUGGGCGAGUGGUUCGACGAGUUUGGCUUCGAGUCGCAUGGCGAGCUAAUCAAGGCUGGUCGCGCCGCCCGCGACGCCAGCCGCUCCUCGGGCAGCACGGCGUCGUCGCGCAGCAGUGCAUCCAGCACGUCCAGCGCGUCCACCAUCUCCGACGUUGACCUUCCCAUGCCGGCCAGCCCAGACCGGUCUCCGUUUACCAAGAUGCAACGCUGGUCAUUUGACCACCAGGCGGAGCGCAACGUCUGCGCCGCGCCAGGCCACGACAUGCAUGCCUCGGAUCCCAUUCCGGUGCUGAGCGAGAUGGUGCUGGGGCUGGACAUUUACGGGCUCCCUGUGGAGGAGGAACCGUUUACGAAACGGGGUGCGAGCGGCGGCCCGCGGAUGAGCUGCAACCUGACGGACGAUCUGGGCCAGUUCCUGGCUUGGAACCCAACACUCUCCAACGACAUGGAUGAAGAAGACGAAUGA